CCAGCGGCGCCUCCUCGUCGCCACCUCCCUCACUCCCCGGCGAUAUGGUUGUGGCAUUAGGUCCGGGAAAGUUCUACGGCAGCAGCCUGCCGCGGCCGCGCUUCUACACCGACGUCAAAUUCAACGAAGAGAGGGUGGAUCCGCCGCCCUCCGUCACGGAUCCGCUCAUGGCGUGGGCGGAGGAGGCGCACUGGUCCAUGGGCGGCCUCAACGUCAAGCGCCACCGCCUCCAGGGCCGCAUCGAGGGCAACGUCGAGAGCCUCCGCGUGCAGCGGGAGCAGAUCUUCAAGAGAUCCCCAAUUCCGAAUAAAUCCGUCAAAAAACCGGCCGCCUCUCGCCGCCAGGAGGACGAGAUCGAUAAGACUCCCUCCCCACCGCGCGCUCCGGUGGCGAUUAAGCGGCGCCGGGUGGUCGGAUUGCUGGACGAGGACGAGGAAGAGGAGGUGGUGGCGGCGAAGAGAGGCCGCGGUGGUGGAAGAUUGGGGCUGCGGUGGUGGCUGCCGCGGUGGUGGAAGAUUGGGGCUGCGGUGGUGGAAGAUUGGGGCUGCGGUGGUGGCUGCCGCGGUGGUGGAAGAGAAAGGGGGAAAAGAAGAAAUUGGUGA